AGUUCAGUCUAAUCUAUGAUUGAUUUUGUCAAAAUAUAAACUUGAUUUUGAUAGUCCAUUCAUCUAUUCGUUAAUUUUAUAUCAAUUUUAUAAUUAUGGAUGAUAUAGAAUGGACUAUCGCCAAUGAGGGACAAUUACUAGAUGCAAUGGUUGGUCAUAAACCAGUCGGUGUAAACAAAUACUUCCAAAUGGCCUUCAUAUGCGAAAAAUUCAAUAAUAAUAUUAAUAAAGAUGUAGAUCCCGAUAAAAUUUGGGCCCACUUGGGAACUAUGUACAAUUUAGAAGCACUCGACGAGAACGAAUCAAUUCCCUUUCCGAAUAGCGAAAAAGAAUUCGCUUUACCCGAUGACGAUUUCGCCUCUUUGAUAUCGAAAAAAGAGGAAGAAAGAAAAUCGUUGCAGAAGGGACGGGAUACUCCGAAAUUGAUAAAAGAAACGAAGAAAGAAUUAAAGGAAGAAAAAAUGCCAGCCCGAAACUUAAAAGAUACUCCACGUAGAGACAGUAGCAGUAGUAAUAAGGAAACCAGGGAUAGAGAGUCACCUCGCUCUUCUGUUUCUGCCAAGAAAGAGGUCAAAAAAGAAACUGAGAAAUCAAAAUCUUCCACCAAAAAUCGUAGUUCUAAUUCAGUUUCAAGAGAUGAUCAUAAGAAAAAUAAAAUUGACGAAACACCAAAAACAUCUAAGAGACCUCUUAGAGGAAGUCUGAAAGCAGAAGAUGGUUCUUCAAAUGGAAAAUCUAGUCCAGUUCCAACAACACCUGGAAGUGUAAAAAGAAGAAGAAUAUUGUAAGAUAAAUAAGCCUGAAAUAGAAUUACCAGGGUAUGACAAUUUAGUAAUAUUUGAAUGAAAAGUUUAGUUUUCAUUUCAUUAUUGUAUCUGCUUCGUGUAGUUUCAAAUAAUGGGGCCAAAUAUCCAUUUCUGAUGUCUGCAAUACUAAGUUGCAUGGAGCUAAAUUAUUUUUACAAUAAAAAGUAGUACAAAAGGGCCAUGAGCGUUAAACAACAAAUAAAUUCAAGUCAGAAGAACAAAAUCCUUCUCAUUCGCAAUAAAAUGUAUAUAAUACUUUUGAUGAUUUUUUGUAAUUCGCAUUCUUUGAGUUUAAGGACAAUUGACAGAACUGAGUUAAUUUCUUCAGUUUUGAAAUGCCAUAUCUUGACUUUUUGACCAUUUUUCUUUGAAUUUCCUUAUUCACUUAAUCCAGUUCAACUUGUAUUCUUGAUGAGAUAAUAUUCAAGUGUUUUUGAAAGUCAAAUAGGUUUUAUAUAAUUGUAGAUAAUGACUAAGAGAAAUAAAAAAUUUGUAUAUUACUCAUAUAUUUAUUAUUUUUCACCUUAUUAUAGUUUAUCGUUUGUACAAAAUCAGCUGAUAUGUAAUUACUGAAAUAAAAAACGUCUAGACAGU